AUGAUUUCGGGAAGCUCUACACGUAUUCAACAAUCCGCCUUAAAAAGGGCAGCUUCGUUUCUGCAAAAAUCUGUCUUAAAUUUUUUAGAAGAGGCUGACCCACUUCCAUGGCCACCGACAGUUGAAAGUUUGGUUUCAAGAGAGAGACAAUACCCAGAGCUUCUGCAAUUGUUUUUCAAGGAACUUUUUUCUUUUAAAGGAAGUCAUCACGUCACUGCCGAAAGAGUAGAUCGACUGACUGACUCGUUUUGUCAAGAUGUCAUUCACGCUGUUUCAAAGGGGAAAUUCCUUACGCCAAAACACGCAUCACUAGGUCUUGGCCUUCAUAGUAUGACUGGUCAAAAACUACCGAUAACUAUACUGGCAAGAUUAGGACAUUGUAUUACAUACGACGCAAUCAACGAAAUCGAGACUGCUCAGGCUGAGCUGGUAGAGCACUUUCAAUCCAUGGGUCUGAACUUACCUCUUCAACCAGCAGCAAUUGGUUCCUAAGUAAGUAUAUCAGUUUACGAUUAUUGAAACUAAACUCGCAAUCUGACAGUGAAAAAAAAAGCAGACAACGAUGAUGACGCGCGCCAAGCUUUAGAACUAUGUAAGUGAGUUACGAACUUCGCCGUAAAUUGUUUACAUUUUUAUACCAUAGUCUAUUUGUAUUUCAUCACAACAUUUGUAUACGAUCAAUUUAGAUUGGAAUUGAAAUUUUUUACUAAAUUCACAAUAAGAAAGUCUCAGUAAGGUAAUUUUCGCUUAGAAAUAAUCAACAAAAUUAAGCUGUAGCAUUUUCCCCUUAAGGUAUCAACGAUAUUCUGGUGGGAUAACUUUGAUCGCAAUGUUGAAACUGCGUCAGGCGCUGGUUCUAUCCAUAAUACACCAGGAAUAGCGUUUCAAGAACACUCUGAGGCAGCUGUGAUGAAACAAGACGAUAUAAGCAUUCCCAGGUCAAAGCGACGAUCGAUCCAACUCCCCAAAGAGACGGUUGAUAAGCGAGUGGCAGUCAACCCAAAAGCAGAACCACCAUCGCUUGCUAAAAUACAGAGCAGACCAGCUCCUACUAGUGCACAAAUGUACUGUUCGAAACUGUUGCAGAUAUGGAAAUCAGUGCGAUAUCUGAACUCGGCUAAUCAGACAAACCCCCGGUUCGUAGGUUGGAUCGUACGUCGUUUUCAGCAGGCUCAUAGCAAGGCAACAUUGAUGACAUACCUGCCUCCUAUUUCUUCUCCAAUAACCGAAUACUCCACCAUCAUAGAAAUGUUCCAUCAAUCUAGGCAGCUGGCGAAGCUAUCCAACAUGUCCUACACUCACAUCACCCUCGAUGCGGGAGCUGCAAUCAAGGCCUUUCAUGUGGUUUGGAACAAUCCAGCUGCGUGGUCCGACAUAAUAAUCCAUCUGGGAGAUUUUCAUUCAAUGAUGACCUUUUUUGCAGUUAUUGGACGUUUCGUGGAGAGCAGUGGAUUCGAAGAUGUGUUAUUUCAAGCUGGUCUGUGUAGCUCUGGAAGUAUUACGGGAGUGAUGAGUGGAAAGCACUACAAUCGAUGUUGGCUUGUUCACGAGGCUUUUUCUGAAGCAUUAGAAAGACGUUUUGUAGAACAAUAUCUACCGACCAUGCCAAAAAAAGUCGAGGAGUGCGCACAAAGUAACCUCGCGCAAGCAACGAGUUUAACCAACAUUCUUAACGAUGACACUGUUAAAGAAUAUGUUGAUCAAUGUCAAAUACAGAAAACCAAAUGUUUGAAUGGAGAAUUCGGUAAAACACCGCAGUUUUGGGCAAAGUAUAUGGAGCUUCUUGAUCGUCAGCAGAAAUUGCACUUUUCCGUCAAUACGAAUGAUUAUGACCUGAGAAUGCUCAUUUGGAAAGAAUCUUUGCCUUUGUGCUUUGCUACCAAUCGGGUUCAUUAUGCUCGCUAUGGCACAUAUUAUGUAAGUGGUUUAGAAGGUAUUGACAGCACUCAUCCAGGAGCAAGACAGGAGAUCGAAGAUCUUGGUUUGUCGGUGCGGAGAAAUCAACUUGGCAUAGGACAGUCAAUCGACAUGACAGGCGAACAAAGCUACAUGAGAAAUGCAAAGACUGCAGGUACAUACUUCAUACUCAUGAAUUCAAAAAGUAAUAAUCUUAAAUAUUUCAGCCAUGCAUCUCCUGAAACAAUAUUUCCUUACAGGUGGCAACCGUCGUACAUUUAUACUUGAUAUUUAUUACCAUUCUCCGUCUUUUUAGGGGGAAUCACGCAAUUUGCUGCAAAGGAAAGUACUGUAACAAAGUGGGUCAUGAACAGGCCAUACCAAACCAAGUUUGUUGAAUCGUUACUGGAGCUAUCCGGAGUGUGCACUACAAUGUCAAAUCCACGAAAUGUCUGCGAAGCAGUGAAAUUCUGA